AAAAAGUUCGUAUAAUUUUCUUAAAUUACAUUUAUAGUAAAAUGGAGCAAAUUAGAUGUACGAGUAAAAAAAAUUAUCACUAAAAAACUGCUUCAGUCAGGUUAGCCAAUUUCAAAAGUCACCAAAAUCACUGGCAUUUUUUUAUAAUCAUUUUUAUAACUAGUUUCUAGUUUCUCCGUUCCCUGAACUCGCCUAAGUCGACUCGACUUGUUCAUUUAUUAAAGUUCGUGUCUUAUUUUUAAUUAUAUUUGUGAUUUAGAUUUACAAAAUUUGUGUUUUCGUUUGAAUAGAUUAUAUUUAUUACUUUACCAGUCUUAGGAAAAAAAUGGAUUUAAAUCUACUAAUAUUUGCAGCAUUGUUUGUCAUUGCCUCUUUUUCCUUAUUCCUAAUUUACAAAUUCGGCAUUAAAGAAAAAAGUUACGAGGAAGCCUUAGCGGAACAACGCCUACAAACUAAUGCUUUAUUAGGUACUAAGUCUAAAACUAAAGACAAGAAGAGCAAGAAAGCUUCCAAGAAGAUCAAAGAGAAGGCAGAGAAAAUUGAAAAGGAUGAAGUUGAGAACAGUGAAAAUAAAGAAAGUGCUCAGCCCUCCAAGCCUCACGUUGAGUUUAAGGAAGAAACUGAAGAAGUUCCCAUCAAAGAAACUUUGGAUAUACCCCUUGCUAAAGAAGUAACUAAACCUAAAAAAAAUAAAAAAGUUCGUCCUAUAUUGGUGAAUAGAAGAGAGAAGUCUCCUGUAAGGCCUGAUUUAAAUACAUCGAUUGUUAAUCAUUUCGAGGAAAAUCCCCCGAAAGACGAUUUUGAGUUAUUAAAGACUAAUAAUAAAGAGGAAGUGGCAAAACCUAAACCAAUUAAAGAAAAAAAGCAAGUCCAAGAAGUUUCUCCCCCCAUCAGUGGCAAUAAAACUAAAAAGAACGCUAAACCAGUAUCGGCGGAUCCUCCCAAAUCUGAACCAGCUUCUGUUGCACCUCUUCCCGAAGGAAAGGUUGUAAUCGAGGUAACCCCAGCUUCGCCUCCUCUUAACGGGGUUGUUGCCGUUGGCAACGUCGGUAAAGAGAAGAAGAAAAAGAAAAGUGAAUUUAAUACCAAACAGCAGUUGUCUGCAGAAAGGGAUGAACUAAUAAAUUCGGUGCGUAAAGCUGAAUUGUCUAAGACUGAGAUUCAAUUGCUCAUUGAUCUAUUACUCAACAAGCAGCUCGAGGCGCCCGCUGUCAUCGAUGAAUGGAGUGAGGGCAAAUCUGAUCCCAUUCAGAAGCUGAAGAAGCAACUAUCAGAAAAAGAGAAGUUAUUGACCGAAGAACAAGAAGCGCUCGCAGGCGCCCAGCAGAAAUUGCGAGAGAUUCGAUCCGAACAACAAACAGAGAAGUUACAACUUCAACAAAAAAUUCGAAGCCUAGAGGAAAUUGUCCAAGCAAAGCAAAUCGAAAUUCAAGCUACCAAUAAUCGGUUCCAAGUCAACGCUCAAAAAAUCCAGCAAUUGCAAACCGAACUCAACACGGAGAUUAUGAAAGCUCGCAAACUUUUGGACGAUAAUAAUCAACUGCAAUUGCAACUGAAGCAAUAUGAAGUGAAUAAUAUGUCGCAAUUGCAAGAGGCUGACGGUCGUCUGAAUACUUUACGAAUGGAAUUCGAAGAAAUCACCAACCAAAAUCAGCAUUUGCAGCAAGUGAUUGCAGAGAAAGAUCAUCACUUUAUGAUCCAGAUGAACACCAUAGAAAAAGGCUACAAGGAUUCGCACCAAGAAACGGAAAGACGAAUUGAAAUGCUCUUGAGGCAGGAGGCCGAGUGGAAACGCGAAAUUGCCAAUCUCAAUUCGACCAAGCAAAAACAAUUCGAAGAACAACGCAAAUUAGAACACUCUCUGAACCAGUUGAACGAGCAAUUGCGUCUGAUUAACAACGAAAAAUCGCAGCUAAAAUCCGAAUUGCAACAAGCUAAGGAAGAGCUAUACCACUUGGGCCAUUUGUCGGAGGGAAAAAACAAUCAAGAAGUUGAAAUAUUGAAUUUGAGUAACGAAUUAUCGUCUACUAGAAACGAAUUGUCAUCUAGAAUAGAAGAGUUGCAACAGACCGAAAAGAAAUACAAAACGGAGUUGGAGUCGUCUAAUAAGAAAUAUUCGUUGGCGCAGAAGGAACUGGAGGAACAAAAAACUAAAAACGACGAAUUACGCAAAAAGAACUGGAAAGUGAUGGAGGCGUUAAAAGCCGCGGAAAACAGGGAUAAUAAAGCAUCUACUGCCAUCACUUCGGACUUAGAUAUUAAUAGACUAAAAGAAGAACUUCUUAGUAAGCAACAAGAAUCGCAGAAGCAAUUCCUACAAAGGCUCUUCCCCGAAAUCGAGGAGCUCAAAUCGGCAAAAGGAGCCGAUUGGCAGGAGAAAUACGCCGCACUAAUUAGUGACUUUAUCAAUAGUAUUAGGGAAGAGAACAAGCAAAUCUCCGUGACGCCCGUGUCGUCGCCGCCUUCGACGCCUCAAAAGAGUUCGGAAAUCGCCAAGUUGCAGUCGCAGCUGUUGCAUUACAAAAACAUUAUCGACGACACUGAAGGUAUGCUGAAUAAGCUACAAAAGCAUGUAGAACAAGAAGAAAUGACUUGGAGAAGUCAGUUAGCUGCGAAAGAAGCGGAAUUGGACAGUCUGAAAGAAAAUCGCAUAACGCAGAAUGCUGUAGACCCACCAGCGUUAGAUAUUCAAGGAGUUGCAUUUGCCUACAAUUGUAUUGAAAAAUCUCUACCGACGAUUAUUGACGAGUUACAGACGAAACUCGUUAACGUCGAGAACAGCCUUUCGAAAGAAAUCGAAGAAAAGCGGAAGUUGGUAGAAGAAUGCCAACUGUUGAAAUCACAAAGAGGUACGCAGAAUGGCGUAGACUCUACUAAUUCACUAGCAACUAUAGAGAAACUUUCGGAAGAAGUUAAUAGUUUAAGGGAACAACUUAGAGAGGAGCAGACUAAAAACGGCGACAUUAAUGGAUGCUUGAAAGCACAAAAUUGCAAUAACUCGACGAACGGGCCAGCUUUCAUUGAGGUGCGGAAUAUAAGAAACGCCAACAUUUGUUCAAAUAUGGGGUGUCAGUUUUUGUACUGUGAUGAUAAUAGCAGUUGCAACAAUAUUUAAACCAAAUGAAGUAUUAAUGCAAAAGGUAUUUAUUUGCCUUUGUUUCUAUUUCAUUAAAACCAUUUUUACUUUAAUAAGGCAAAACAACACAGAAUUUACCUUAUAAUUAUCACAUAAUUACUUGUCCUUUAUGUACUUUUUAACGCCACGAUAAUUAUGAUAAAAUAUUUUUUUAAAUGUAUAUGUAUGAUAAUUUUUUUUUAUUUUAG